AUGGUUAAUCUAAGUUUAGCUUCUCAAAUUUAUGUGAAAAGGACGAUGACAGCAAUAUGCUUCGUUUGCAACCUGCCUAUAUUGUCUCAUCAAGUGGGCCUGGUGUGGGCUGGUGGGAACGGCUGGGAUGAGUUGACGCGGUCAACGCUAGAAGAAUCCACACUAAGGCAGCGUCUUGGCAGUCGCAGGGACUCUUCUGCACAAGUUUCCUGCCUUUCUCCGCCUGAACCAGAUGUCGCAGAUCAACCUCGAGGUGGACCCAGACGACGCCGUUCUUCGUUAGCUCAACUGACCGAUAUAUUACGUGAAUGGGGCGGUGGAGGAAGCCAGCCACGGCGCCAAAGGGCACCGCUAUCCAGACGUGAAACGCUAGCAGACUUAGCACGCUCGCUACCAUGGGCCCGUCACGAACCGCCGCCGCGGCGACGGAGAGAUUCUUCCGCAGAUUCAGGCAUAAAAUCAAUAGCUUCCAAACGCCGCGACUCUAAAGCUGUGCCUCAAGAUUUCCGUUCAGAUUUUUCCAUUUUUGAUAGAAAAGAUUCGACGACUGUAAUACCAUCAAGAGAGCGUCGCAUUAAAAGACGUAGCUCUGGCGACGACAAAGAGCGCAGAGGUUCUGUAGAUGGACACCGUCAUCACAGGCGUGACUCUGUUGCAGUACCACCGCCACGCAUAAUUGCUACUCAUAAAAAAAGACGAGCCUCACCACCAAAUCCGGCACCUCCAUCGUUUGUAGAUGCAUCAUCCGACCCUGGUCCCUCUACGCAAACACCAGCGGUAACUAUAGUAACAGUACACGAACCAAGUCGUUCAGAUGGUGAAUGCCAACCGAUGACUAUGCCAACUAUUAUUACAUCAGCUGUAACACCAUCACCGACAUCGCCUACUACUCCAAGCGGAAGUGUUAUGCAGACCAAUCAAGCAUCUCAAAUUACUACAGUAUCUACACAAGGAACCCAAGCGACACCUGGGGGAAAAUCACCUCCCAACUUAGGGGGUCGAAGAGAUUCUACGACACAAUGUGGGCGAGCUCGUAGGGAUUCAAGGGCUGCAGCCAGUCCGGAACGAAGGUUAGGGCGAUUGCAGAGACAAGCAACUGCGUUCGACGACCCCAUUGGCCCACCUGGGACCCGGCGCCGUGACUCAGGUCCUUCUUUAGGUCCUGAUGAUGAAGGACGUGCUAGGAGAGAUUCUUUAAGUCCUGAUUCCGCAGCCCGGCCAAGACGCGAGCGAAAUCAAUUAAGCCCAGAUCGUGCAGGUGGUGGUGAAUUGAGUCCAUCCGCAGCGAGACGUCGGAGUAGAUUGAGAAGACAAGCGUCAUGUGCUCGUAUGGGUCGAGCUCGUAGCCCGGAAUCUAGUUCUUGUUCUAGUCGUGAUCCAAGUCCGUGUGCACGUCCGCCUGAACGAACAAUGUUCCGACGACAAUCGACGACAGAGGAAAUAUUAAUAGCCCGCGGAUUUCGCCGCCAAUCGACGACCGAGGAAAUGAUCCGCUGCCGCAAUUUCAGACGACAAAGCUCUCAAAGCGACGAUGCAUGUAUGCGCGCAAGAGGUCGCCGCGAUUCCUCAACGCAAAUACUUGACGGUACCAUCGGAACAAUGACUGUGGAGACUACAAGCACAUUCUUCGAUUCCAGCACACAGACUGAACCGUCUCCACUAUACGACAACAAUCAUUACCACGAGGAAUGUCUCCGUUGCAACUCCUGUGGGUUAAAUCUUACUGGACCCAACCAGGUCAGUACUUCUUAA